AUGGAUUUGCGCACGAUCAUGAACACCGACGCCGCCAACCCUCCUCCCAACUCAGCCAGCUCGCCCAUCGCCGAGCAAACUCCCCAAAAACGCGCGAAGAAGUCUGCUUCUUACUCUGAAUACCCUGCACAGCCCUCUCAGCCCCCUCCAUUGCAGCAACACGCUUCGCCAGAGCGAAGCUCGUCCUACGCAUCCGUCCAAUCGCCCUACCAGUUCAACGCAGGCCCAACUAUCAAUACAGCAGUCAGCUCCCAGCGGAGCUCAACCCCUCCACACGUUUCCACGCCGUAUGGUACAGCCUCGCGUGAUUCAUUUGGCGCGUCGGUAUACGGGUCGCAUCCGCAUCCAGCUCACCCAGGUGCCCCGUUGGUUUCACCCUAUACACCACAACCAGCGAGUGCAGGACCACAGCAUCCGGAACAGAGGACCUAUUUCGCUCCACAGCGAUCACAGCAACGCUCUCAGUCACUUCAAUCGGUGGUGACCAACCCCCAGGGCCCACCCGAUUCAUUCCGCAGCCCCCCUGCUGCAUCACAACCUCUUCCACAAUUCUCACCAUCCGCCAACCAAUCCAUUCCAGGAACUCCCUUAGGGCCUCCUCCCACCUUUUCUAACCGUCAAUCGCCAUCGACUAUCCGCCCGCCGUCCUCUGGAGUUGACGCGUACGACUCUCCGCGCAAUCUCCUAUCCAGUCCAAGACCUGUCCAGGAGGCUCAAAUACUCGAUCACAUCCAGGUCCAACCUCCUGCGACUCAAAUUUAUUCAUCUCCCCAUAGAUCCCGACCUUCCGACCCGACACCUCAUCCCCUUGCCCUAAAACCAGAUCCUUUGGAGGGUGUCAGUCCGCACACAGCCUCGCGUCACAACAGCAUCGCCGCGAUAUCUGACCCAGUUCCAUCCGGCUCAAUUCGCUCUUCUGAAGAUCGAAAUUUUGUUGAGAGUCCCACCACACAAAAGCCCAGCACAGUGGGGUCAGAUUUCUCGACUUCUCCUAUCGUACCGGCCAGUCAGAUGAACAGUUCCCCCUCGACUGCAACAGCAACCGCCCGCGCAGGUGCCCAUCCGUUGAAAAUGGAAGUCGAUCUUGAACCACAAGUCGAGUCGCAACAGCCUAGGCAAAAGCGAAGAAGAUAUAACGAGCCUCCAAUCUUCGCUCAGCGAACAGCUCGCACCAAAGGUCGAUGCCCAAUCAUUCCGAACCCGCUCCCUCCAAUCCCCAAACACGCUCGGCAAAACCAGCAGGAGGCAUGGGCUGGGGCCGCUCGCCGACGAUCUUCUUCAACAAUGGCUGCUCCAGCCGCUGCGCGAAUCAACCGACCACCCACCAUCCCCUCACCCCGGACCAGUGUACCCCCUGCACCGGUUGUACCAGUACAUUCAGCCCCGCAGACGACCUCCGCGCAAUCAAUCGGCCCGCUGGGCCCGUGGGAGCCGUCCAUCACUGGUGUCAUUCCUUAUGAGGAGAUCACCCGGACCCUGGGAGAUUUCUUGUUCCAACAUGUAGUGAUGAGAACAGAUGUAAAUGCUGGGGAUGCUGGCGCAGUUGGCCAGGGAACCGUGAUCGAAGUUGAGGCUAAGCUGGGUCACAUCAUCGACAUGGACAGCAGAGAUCGGAUCCAGUUGCCCGUUUUGACCGAGAGCGUGAUUAACAAGGAAAACGGGCGGUUCCGGACGUCAUUCGAAAGCAAAAUGACAGUUGAACAACAUCGAGCCAUGAACAACUUCCUCAAUGAGACCGUGAAAGCAUCAAUGCCGCAACAAAACCCUUCGCGGAUUCCUCUUGACUAUGUUCACAAGAGGGAGCGCGACACGUUCUAUGAGAUCCAGGCUGCUGAACUCCCUCCCAUCAUCCGCCAGAACCUGAAUCCGCGACACAAACCCAAAGUACGGGUCACAACCGACCAGCGCACUGGAGAAGUCCUAGCGAAAAUUGUUAAAUGUCGAGUCGCAGAUCUCGAUGUUUGCAGUCCACGGACAACGGUUGAUUGGCGUGUCAGUGUGAACCUCGAAAUGGAGUAUACCGGCGACAUCAGCACUCUUCCCAUGAUAGAUCCUGCAGUCACCAAAGGAGGACGAGGUGAUCGCAUCAAAGACCGCAUGAGCUACCGCCACCUGGCCUAUCAGGUGGAUUUGACCCAAGUGGCCAAAAACGAUCAGCAACCGGGCAAAAAUGAGUUCGAGCAUGAACUUGAGGUCGAAAUUUCGGCUGCCGAACUUCGUCGCCAGGGUGAACUUGCUAUUGCCGGGGACUCGCAAAACCAGUAUGAGGAGCUCGUCAAGGGUUUCGUGGAUAACAUCCGUGUCCUGGCACGAGCAGUGCCUCCCUGA